AUGGAUGGUUCCCGGUUGGCCACCCGACGGUCUACGUUGGAGAGGGAGGAGUGUAAGCUCCUGACAAAGGCGAGCGGUUGCGUCAUCACGCGAGUCGAGGGGUUGAUCAAAUGUCGAGUUUUACCGCCGCGCAAUCUUUAUCACCCUGUUUUGCCGGUGCGCAUGCAUGACAAACUCAUGUUUGCUUUGUGCCGCUCAUGUUGUCAGAGUUUGCGUCAGGGCGAGUGUAAACAUGAUGACGAGGCCGCGCGAGAAUUCGAGGGCACGUGGGUGUCCGUUGAAUUGAAAAAAGCCGUGGAGAUGGGCUAUAAGAUCAAGAGCAUUCGCGAAAUCUGGCAGUAUACGGUAACAUCUUUUAAUCCGACUACUUGUCAAGGUGGGCAUUUCGCCGACUACAUCGACACCUUCCUCAAAAUUAAGCAAGAAGCAAGCGGCUGGCCUGCUGAAUGCGAGGACGAGUCGGCUCAAAUGCGGUACCUCGACAAGUACGAACGUGUCGAGGGUAUACGGCUAGAUCGCGACCGUAUUGCAAAGAAUCCCGGUAUGCGAUCGGUCUCUAAAUUAUGUCUAAACUCAUUUUGGGGUAAGUUUGGGCAACGUGAGAACCUAGUAAAAACGGAGGUUGUCAAGACGCGACAGCAGCUGCUCGAGCUUUUGACCAACCCUGAAGUCGAGGUGCCCGGUUUGCUGCCUGUAAACGACGAUGUACUGUACGUGCGUUGGUCGCACGCGCAACACAGCGUUAAACCGUCAGCACUGGCGAACGUCAUGAUUGCCGCGUACACCACUGCUCAGGCUCGGCUGAAGCUCUACUCGUACCUCGAGAAGCUCGAUCGGCGCGUUCUCUACUACGAUACCGAUUCAGUGAUUUAUACCCGGAACCACCACCGACCAAACGCGUAUGAACCUCCUACGGGUAACUUCCUUGGCGAUCUAACGGACGAGUUGGAGCCUUACGGCCGUGGGAGCUUUAUACGGGCUUUUGUCUCUGGGGGACCAAAGUUCUACGCUUUCAUCGUCAAACGUCCGAAUGGUGAAGAGGUUGAAAUUUGCAAGGUAAAAGGUAUAACGCUGAAACACACGGCGAGCUCAAAAAUUAACUUCGAGGCCAUCAAAGGGACGGUGGUAGAAGCCGCUGCACCCAUCAAUUUGGAGUAUCGUGCUGUUCGCCGUACGGAACUGCACGCAGUGGUGACUCGCACCGAGUGCAAAACGUGCAAGCCAGUAUUCGCGAAAAGGCGUUGCUGCGUCGACAGUUUCGACACGCUGCCCUACGGUUACCGCGCUGGGUGA